CUUGUUUUACACAGUCUCACCGAUUCCUUGCGAUACAGCAUCCCCUGGGCAUCAUGGCUGUAAACCCUACUAUUACAUUGCAUACAGGAGACCAUCAGCUGAACUUGCGGCUUGCUGUUGAAUUCUUGGGCAGCCAUCCCGACGUCAAAUUCAUUCACUACCACUGGGCGGAUCUCUCUGGCGUCCUUCGGGUACGAAUAUUACCGACUGAUCACAGCCUCCGGCUUAUCAGGCAGCAUCGCCCUCUCCAAGCAGGCGCGUUCAGCCUGAUUGGUUUCGCUCAAGGCCCCUCCCUACCCCGAAAUUUUCGCCCUGGGGGUGUGAACGGCCUCUGGCCUGAUUGGAGCUCGUUGCGACUCUUGAAGCACGGCCAUGCCUCCGUGCUUUGCAAUGUGUCAGAAGAAGCGUCUGGUCACACUGAUGUCAACCCUUCAGCGCCGUUUCUACGAUGUCCCCGAAGCAUGCUUCAAAGCUUGCUCAACAAGGUUGAGUCCGAGCUGAGGGUAUCUCUAUUAGUUGGUUUUGAAAUGGAAUUCCAUCUCAUGGAUGAGAAGGAUCGACAACAGGCACUGACUGGCGAUGGACCCGCCGGGUACAAUUACUGGAGUUCGGCCUCUGCGAUGAGAGACUCUCGAGGGAAGUGCCUGGGAGAGUGUGUGGAAGCACUACAGGCCGCAGAUAUUUACGUGGAGCAAUUUCACGCAGAAUCUGCAAGGAACAGUUAUGAGAUAGCCACUGGUCCGCUUUCAGUCCUCUCGGCAGUUGACACCUGGAAUCAGAGUCUCGAGAUUGUAAAGCAAACCGCUGUACAGCAUGGCUUUCAGGCAACAUUUCUGCCAAAGCCUUUCGCAAGACUUUAUUGUCUUGGUCAACACGUACAUCUAUCUGUACAUGUUGAUGAGUGUGAUAGCGAUGAGAAAGUGCAGGAGAUUCAAGAAUCAUUCCUAGCAGGCAUACUACGACGUCUGCCACUGCUAUGUGGCUAUGGGAUGCCUUCCAGAGACAGUUUCAAGCGGCAUGGGCUUGCAUUUUCGGGAUGGGUGACGCGAGGAACUCAGAAUCGCGGGGCCCCUAUUCGGGAGAUAGAUAAAGGGCAUUGGGAGCUGAAAACAAUUGACGGAACUGCAAAUUUCUAUUUAGUGCUAGCCACAUUCAUUGCUGCAGGGGUCCUAGGCGUUCAAGAAAGCGAGGCUCUUGUCUGGAGAGAUAAUCGGGACUUCUUAGCCAAUCUCGACGGAGCGGAAAUGAAGCAGCUCCAACUUGAGACCCAGCUACCGGCGACACUCAAGGAGGCAUUACACCUUUGCGCAUCGAAUCAUAUGGGACUGGAUGUGCUUUUAGGGCCGCAGCUGCUGGAUUUCUUCACUGCCGUUAAAAAGGGGGAGGAGAAGUGCCUGGAGAAUAUGACGGAUAUGGAGCAAAAGAUCAUGUAUCUGGAAAAUUUUUGA